GUCAGGCCGCACGCGCCCAAAGAGGCGUUCUCCUCCGCGCAUGUGCCUGCGCAGCCUGCGUACAGAGCUGCUAAACGCGCGCAGGACGACGCACCACGUCCUUACCAUACUGUGAUCAUCAUACUAAAAUGCAAUGUUCCAUUAGUGAAGUUGACUUAGUGCGUGAGUGCAAUUUAUAGUGUCAAUGGUAAUUUAGUGACUUCACAAGUGUGCAUGUUGGUUUCUACUUGUAAUUUAAGGGACUAUAAGCAAAGCAGGCAUGGGCAUCCAAGUACCAUGUGAGCCGAUGAUCAGAGCUAAUAAAGACGUAAUUCAGAGACAAGAUCUUUACGAGCUCAUAACGUGCCUUUGUUGGACGAUGGCGAUAGUGUUAGCGUAAACACGUGGCGAUUUUAUUACCUAACGUAUAUAAAACAAUGAUCAAACCUUAUAACAAACAACGACAAAUAGAUUGGGGAAUGAAGAACACAGGACGGCAAAAUGCGAUGGAUGUUAUGUUUUCUAGUCCUAAGCAUAGCGAAUGGGCAACGACAGGCGAGUAAUUUUAUGGACUUCUGGACGGAUUUGUUCCGGCCGCUACCUCACAGCCCACGAGAGGGCUUCCUACAGGACUACACACCAGCAGAUCAGGAGGAGUUUGACUUCAUAGUAGUCGGAGCAGGUUCUGCUGGAUGCGUGAUAGCCAAUCGACUGACUGAAAUAUCACAAUGGAAAGUACUGCUUAUAGAAGCGGGAGGAAACGAGAAUUUCUUUUCCGACAUCCCGAUAUUCGCAGCUUUUAUCUCCAUAACGCCUAUGAACUGGGGCUACAACUCGGAGCCCGAGGCGCGCGCGUGCCGGGACCUGCGCGGCAAUGUCUGCUACCUGCCCCGGGGGAAAGUGCUCGGCGGCAGCAGCGUGCUCAACUUUUUAAUCUAUCAGCGCGGACACCCGGAAGAUUACAACGACUGGGCGAGUAUGGGCAACGAUGGCUGGAGCUAUUCAGAAGUCCUGCCUUAUUUCAAAAAGUCUGAAAAUAUUAGAAUAAAGAAUUUAAAGAAUUCCACCUUCCAUGGUAGAGGUGGAUACUUAGAUAUAGACUAUUCUCCGUAUUGGUCUCCACUUGAGACUGCGUUUAAGAGAGCAGGUGAGGAACUCGGGUACGAAUGGAGAGACCCGAACGGAGAAGAGGUGAUUGGCUUCUCAAAGCCGCAAGCGACAAUGAGGAAUGGCCGACGAUGCAGCACUUCUAAAGCGUUUUUGGAACCGAUCCGUUUCAGAACCAACUUGAAAGUAACCAAACAUUCGACUGUGACGAAAGUACUAAUCGACGCUGAGACUAAAACCGCUUAUGGCGUGGAGCUGCUAAAAAACAACAAAAGAAUUCAAGUCCGUGCGAAACGAGAAGUGGUGUUAUCAGCGGGUACAAUAGGGUCUGCUCAGAUCCUGAUGCUGUCAGGAGUGGGUCCUGAAGACCACUUGCGGGAGGUGGGCGUCAACCCUCUAGUCAACCUGCCUGUCGGUUACAACCUGCAAGACCAUGUCACCUUCUCUGGCAACGCGUUCAUAGUCAACGACUCGAGGCUCUGCGUCAACGACGCCAUGGCAGCAUCACCAAUCUCCGCGACAGCAUACCUAGCGGGACGGGGGCCGCUAACUCUGCCCGGAGGCGCCACCGGUCUGGCGUUUACGCGCACUCGGUACGCCCACGACGACCUCGCGUCCUCACGCCCAGACAUCGAGCUCGUCAUGGGCGCAGGAUCCCUGGCCGGAGAUCUGCUCGGAAUAUUACGCUCUUUGCUUGGAGUAACAGACCGUUGGUACUGGAAGGUGUACGGCUCCCUGCCUCACGAGGACAGGCAGCGGUCGUUCGCCAUGAACCCUGUGCUGAUCAGACCGCGCAGCGUGGGCCGGCUGACACUGCGCAGCCGCCGGCACAGCGACCAUCCGAGGAUACAGCUCAACUACUUCCAACACCCCGACGAUCUCAACGCUUUGGUGGAAGGAGUGCGACUGGUGGAGAAAGUGAUCGGAACCAAGGCGUUCCAGCGGUACAAGACGAGACUACACGACACUCCGUUCCCGGGUUGUGAACAACUACGCUUCGACUCCGACGAGUACUGGAAAUGCGCCAUCAUGCAGACUUCCAUCACACUAGAUCACCAGGUGGGAACAUGUAAAAUGGCGCCGGCUGGCGACCCAACAGGCGUCGUAUCUCCACGACUGACAGUCAACGGCGUCAGCGGUUUGCGCAUAGCUGACGCGUCUAUAAUCCCGCGCAUCCCUGCUGCGCACACGCACGCACCCGUCGUCAUGAUUGCGGAGAAGGCCUCAGACCUCAUCAAGGAAGACUGGGGGGUCAUCGACACACUACAACACUCUAAAUUAAAAAAUCGGCAAAGAUUUGAAGAAAUUGGUCAAGGGCUACGAUAGUUCAAGGAAAAUCUAAUUAUGGCCAUCUCGAACCUAAUUACCGAGGUAUCCUGCUGUAAUGGUUAGCCAGUAUGUAUACUUAUGUAUUUGAAUACGAUCUGUUGGAAAUAUUAGUUUAAGGGAAACUACCUUCUUCUAUCGUGUGGAUCAGGGUUAUUACUGAGCCGGCAAAGGCCCCUAACAUGACUCAUGUAACAACUACGUACUUACAUCAGUAAGUAAUAACCGGGACCAAAGGCUUAACGUGCUUUCCGAAGCACGGAUCUUACUUUUGGAUAAUCAGAUGAUCAGCCUGUAAUGUCCUAACCAAACUCGGGAUCACAAAGUGAUUUUUGUGAUAUGUCCUCACCAGGAUUGGAACCCGGGACCUCCGGAUCGUGAGCACAACGCUCAACCACUGGACCACGGAGGCCGUUCUUACACUAAUGACUUCACCAAAAAUCCUUCCGAAAAUCCGACAGCUUAGUCACACAUAGAUGUUUGUUUAUUCCGUUCUAGAAUAUAAGUGUGCACAACUAACGUCGGGUUACUAAUAAAACUUAAAUGUAGCGAUUAUUGUCGCCAAAGAGUAACACACAGCUCUUACCAAGCACAAAGGGGCUCUAUCCUAGUCAUAGUUAGAUUGUGUUAUAAUAACAUGUGAGAAUAUGAGUCAUUAAUAAAUUAUACAAAAAUA